AUGACUGUAACUAACGUUUUGCACAGCUUCGUCCACGUCGCCGGCUGGGCUCAUUACCAGUCAGCACGACAUGCGAGAUCCAUGCCUUCUGUCGCCGUCACCGCCAGCCCUUCUUCUCCACCGAUAUCAAACACCCUCGACCACAGGGCCGUCGCCAAGGCCCCGUCAAUGACGACCCUACCCAAGGGCCGCAGGAUUUCUGCCGUCAGCGACUUCAACGACGACGACGAAAUGACGACCCUACCAGACCCCCGCAGCCGAGCCAUGUCUCCGGCUCUCUCCCCCAACAACCCUUCAAGGGAGCCCGACAUUAACGAAGAGGUGACAGCGCUCAGCACGAAGCUCAUCAACGCCAUCAACCACCAGACCUAUCUAGACGAUACACUAUCAGCCACGCGUCACGAAUUAGAGGCCGCCAAGAGCCGCAUACGGGAACUCGAGAGCCGUAACGCUUCCCAGCGGGAGAUGCUUUCAGGCGAUGUCUGGGUUCGUAGGAGUACCAUCGAGUCGAACAAGAAGGCAUGGCAGGCCAAGGUGGACGAGGAGAAGGCUAAGCGUCAGGAGAUGGAGAGAGCCAAGAAGAAGAUCGAGCAGGAGCUGGAGAACCUAACGACCGCCCUGUUCGAGGAAGCCAACCGAAUGGUGAUUCGUGCCAAGGAGGAGGCCCAGGCCGAACAUGACGCCCUCAACCGCAAGAACGACCAGCUCAAAAACCAGCUGGCCGAGUCAGAGAGCCUCCUCAUGUCUCAGCAGCAGCAACUAUCCGAGCUCAAGCUCGUCGUUGAGACAAUGGCCUCGGACCGCGACGAUCAGACGACGACGAACCCGACGGCCCCUUCGUCCCCAGGCAUCACCAGAUUCGAUGGUCGCGACGAAGACGGCUUCCUCUCACCCUUUGUCUCCCCGACCUCGGCCAACGUCGAAGCCAUACCACCCGCCAAUCCCACAAGCUUCCAUCACCUCAUCCAACCCGUAUUGCGAAACGAUCUUGCUGCGUACGACGACUUCCUCGCCCUCGCCAGGCUCUCUCGCGGCCUCCCGGGGAGCCGGGUCUCGUCGGGAUCGUUGACGGCAGGCCUCAGCCUUCCUUCCCUGGGUCUCACCAACAGCACCCAGUCCGCCACACACGCCUCCAACGGAUCGACUGGUUCGCUCGGCGUUGGCCAGGCCACGACACACAGUGCACCGCAGUCACCCAACAGGCCUGCGUCGGUAUACAGCGCGAGCUCACCGUCAUCGACGGCAGCCCUGACGAGCCUCAAGGACACCAAGUUCUUCAAGCGUGUCCUGACGGAAGACAUUGAGCCGACACUACGCCUGGACGCUGCCCCGGGUCUCUCGUGGCUGGCCCGUCGGUCUGUGAUCAACUCGAUGACUGAUGGGUCGUUUGUCGUCGACCCGCUGGUGGUGCACUCGGGCAACUCUUUCCUCAUGAACAUUACCAAGCCGCAGUACAAUACCUGCUCUCUGUGCGGCGAGUCCAGGAAAGAGCCCCAGUACCUGCGCAACCACCGCUUCCGCACGAGCGAACAGGAUUCGGUCCAGAGGUACCCCCUGUGCGGAUACUGUCUCGGGCGAGUACGGUCGACGUGCGACUUCCUUAGCUUUCUGCGUAUGGUCAAGGAUGGUCAUUGGCGCGCAGAGGACGACGACCAGGAGAGGGCGGCGUGGGAGGAGAGCGUGCGUCUGCGCGAGCAAAUGUUCUGGGCACGCAUCGGAGGCGGUGUGGUGCCCUGCAGUCAGGCCCAUGCGGCGGUGGCGGAUACCGACCGGUGCCCUCGACCUAGUCAAGAGGAACCAGUACGCGAACCAGUCAAGCUCCAGCUACCACAUGAGCCGUCGACGGAACAGGGUCACGGCGCAGCCGACGUUGUCGUGUCCGAGCCCGAGGCAGAAGAGCAGGCUGUGCCAUCGGCGGAUGUUGAUUCAUCGUUACCACCCCCGACGGAAGAGAAGGCGACGGAAGAGAAGGCGACGGAAGAGCAGCAGUCUCCCGUUGUGCUUCCCAUUAUAGAGAAGCCAUCUACGCCUCCUGCACAGACGGGUGAUGAGACGUCGCCACCGGUCUGA